CUCCGUCACCUCGACGUAGUUCCUACGCAACUUUGCACAUUGCCUUCUACUAAUGGCAGUGUGAUCUAGGCUUUGUAGACACUUGCUUGCUUGAGAAAGUCGAAACCCGAUCAUCUUGGAAAUGACAGGAAUUCAGCUGUCGCCGCUAGGCUACUUACGUAACUAUGCAGAUAGCAGAGAUAUCUCGAAUACUGGUGAACAGGCCAACGUUUUAAUGCUUCAUGGUCAUGGUCAAUCGAUUGAUAUGUUCCACCACAAAACGCACUUCCUCCAAGAGGCCCUCAACUCAGCUGGGUCUCAGAGCAACCGAUCACUACCACAUAUCAAGCUCCAUUACAGUGAAGCACCUUUCGACGUGAACGGCCCAAAUAUGGAGUCCAAGGUUUGGGGGUAUGGGAUUUUUGACUGCCAGCGAAUCUCGGGCCUGGAACAAAGUGUGAAGCGUGUGCUAAAGCAGCUGGAACACCUUAAUCCGGUUGCUGGUAUAAUUGGGUUUUCGACCGGUGCUACCCUGGCGAUGAUUAUCGCAUCCUUACUGGAGGAGCGAGAUCGCGGCCUUAUUUUUGGCGUCAGUACCCCUCACCCACCGCUCAAGUUUGUCGUCGCAUACAGUGGUUUUACGCUCGGCCAUCCCAUGUAUAGAAAUCUGUAUCAUCCGAGGAUUCGCACCCCUGCCCUACUAUACAUUGGCGAAGUGGACACAAUGAUCACGCCGAAGUCUACGUACCGCCUGGCAGAAUGCUGCAGUCAUGCCGAAAUUCAGACCUUCUGGGGGACACAUUACGUUCCCAGACAUCUGAAAACAACUGAUGUAGCUGUCACCUUUCCCGAGGAAGAAAAUGAGCAACGAAGCCGGUCGGCACCGAAGACGGAUGAAUUGACCCUCAACAAGCGCCAGGAACCGGGAAAGGCGUUCCCGGCUAAGGCUCCCAGACGACGGCUAAGAAUGCGGGAUGCGACGCUGGCUAAAAAGCCUGCCGGGAGCGCCAAGCAAGGGAUGGCUGUCACCACACGGCUUGUGUAA